AUGGUUCUCUCCACCAGCUCUCGUGAGGGCUUGACCAAGCUGGUCACCCUCAGAGAUCAACAAGAACUGUCGACGAGCCAGCUCGGGGACAUCAAGAAGCGCCUUCCAAACAACGAGCCUCUGUCUCACCAUUUCUGGAAAGGCAUUGAAGAGCUGCCGAGUUUGAGGUCUUCCGAUAUCGUUACUUUGGAGGAGCAUGUGCAGCAUCUCAACGAACAUGUGGCGUCCCACCUCAAGAAAAAGACCCCGGGGCCAACCCCUCCUGAAUCGGCCGCUGGUUCAAGCGCACAGCAGUUCGUAGGGCAGAAGCGAAAGGCACAUCAUCGUCUUCAACAGCAUCAGCCAAGGAAAGGGGAGGGCGGCAUCCAACCCGCCGGCAGGGACCCACAACAUCAUCAAUGCCUUCGCUAAAGGCAGUGGUGAACCGGUGCGUAGAAUGUGUUUGUGUGUGCCGACGAGAGGGUCUCGCGCGAUACUUGAAAAUAUAUUCAGCGCUACCGAGGUGCGGACAGACCAGCUUAUUUUUUCUAGUCUUAUGUUUUUUUUGUUUUCUUUGGUGUCCAACAUACACAUUUGCGUCUUCAUGUAUGUAUUGUUGGCAUCGAAUGCUCUGUUCGUGAUAGUUGCUGCUGUGUGUGUCGACAGAGUGACGUAGAACAACUUGAUUGGACAGCUUGUAGUGCGGGACUGUCUGCGUUGUAAGAUCGUUGAGUAGCCACAUAUUAUCAGAACAGCAAGGAACGUUCUGUGGGAAUGUUCUUCGUGGAUGGUGCAUUACCCCGAGUGUGUUUCUUGUGGAUAGUGCAUCAGUCAGAGGAUUCAUGGCAGCGGGACAGAGUAGUUUCUCUAGGAAGAGCCAGUGGUGGUCUCUGGGAAGAGAGGGAGAGGAAAAGAGUGAGAGACGAGGGGGAAGACGAGGUGUGCACAGCACACCGAUCCUCAGCCCUGUCGACGCAGAACCAGCCUGACGUGGCGUAGUCUGCGCGGGCGCGGUGACGCGCACAGCAUCGGCACGGCCGGGGCAUUAUCUCCCCGGACGUGAGAGGACAAGACAAUAUGCCGGGCAGUGAUGUCCGGGCGGUUGCAGAAUGUGCAGUAGCCGGUCAUGCGCAUACAUACAGUGACAUACAUGCGCAUGCGGGCCGCACGGAAAGAUCCGCAGAACAAGCGGAGGAACAGUUAGACAGAGGGCCUCAUGUGGAACCCAUGUGGCAGACAGACCAGUGACUCACAUCACCCCCCAGUUUUGGUGGUGUUAGAGCUCGUACUCCACCAACACUCAAGAGCGAGGAGUUCUGGUUCGCUGACAAAAAGUUUCACUUACAUUAAAUUGACUUCACUCAACGUCAAUCCAACGACGACACAUACAUGGAUGUACGGACAACAGUAGUGCCGGAGGUAAAGCCGUGAACGGGGUAUGUACCGGGGUUGACGAAAACACCGUUGUUAGUGUUUGGGCAACAGACAAAAUUAUCACAGGAUCGAUAAGGACAGAGUGAUGGGGAGUACAGAGUAUAUCGCAAUGCAUUUCUGCGUUGCGGCCUG